CAUAGCAGAGGCUGCUGCACCUCUAACCUACAGAUUCACGUUAGUUGUUGGCAUGGGACUCACAAUGGCAACCACUCUCGGGGUAAUGUUAAAGCAACUGGCUUUGUUUAUACUGGUGGGAAACUUAAUCUGUCCUGCUUUUACUCAUACUUCCAGCACUGACACAUGGCAACGACAACUUCCAAGCCGACUGCUGCAAUUUGGCAAUCAUCUGCCCUUAAAACAGCAUCAACUUCACCAACAAACCGUUUCCAGACCAGUUGUAGUGAAAACGGUCGCUGUGACAUGCCAUUCAGACUACAUGGAGAUAGUCGUGAAUGCUGAUUUGUUUAAAAUUGGUACUCUUAUCGACGUGGAUGACCUGCGCCUUGGAGUUGAACAGUACCAAGACCAAGAGCCUUGUAAGGCUACAGUGUCAGCAGCCGGAGAUGAGUACAGAAUAUUUGCAGCGCUAUCGGACUGUGGAACCAAGCAUUUGGUAUGUAUGGUGAUACUGUUUCAGUAGUUGACUUCUUGGAAUGACCUUCUCAGAUUCUGCUUUGUGAAUCCACAGAUGAACAAAGACUCCUUGAUCUACACUAACCACCUCAGAUAUAUACCCAGAAUCACUCCAGAUGGGGUUAUUCAAAUGGAUGGUGCUGUAAUUCCAAUUGAGUGUCAAUUUGAAAGGUUAGGCUAUACUGUUGUAUGGUGAUCAUAGUCCUGCGUAGCCCUAUUGGUUGGCUUGCUUUAACUCUGUGAUUUUUGUUUCAGGAAGUACAAUUUGAACAGUGCCUCUCUCCAGUCGACCUGGAUCCCCUUUACCGCCACAGUGUCUGCUGAAGACGCCCUGCAGUUCUCCUUGAUGCUCAUGACAAGUGGGUAUAUAAAUCCUGGGCUGCAUUGAAUGUUCAGAUGGAAAUAUAUACCAUGCAACACAUGCCUCUCUGACAUGCAGAAUAUAAAAUCACACCAGACACUUAUUGGUAGCAUUUCUAUCUGCAACAUUCUACACAGUUCGCCUACUAAAUAUGGCCCUGUUAACAAACCCCUCCGUCUUAUACCUUUUAAAUACUUCAUAGUAUUUUCUGGCCGGGGUAGUUUUGUUAAGUUCCCCAACACUCGUUCUGGUAAGAUCCUAUCGGUACGUUCUCUCUGCAUGGUGUUUUGGGAACGCAUGUUACAGCUUCCGCCAUUGUAGGAAAGAUGCAUCCUUAAAACACUCAGUAAGCCUAAGUUCAAUUGGGAAACCAGGGCUGCAUGUUAACUCAUCGCUUGCGGUAUGGUAUUGGAAACAUAAGGACUGUAUCGUUCAUAUCAGUGAAAUAAUUUUCAAAAGGUUAAACUGCUACACCUUUAUACGGCCAUAUUUCCAUGUUACAUCGCUUGUUCGCAUAAAUGAUGGAAGACAAGGGCGUACCUGUGCUAAUUAGCUAUCUGCAUCUGUGAACACCUAUGUAAGCGGAAGAUGGACUCAACAAACGUGUUGCCACUGAAAAAUAUUAAGUGUGUAUUGCAGUUGUGAAAUUAUUUUGAUGUGAUCUGACAGGGGGCUUUGUUUUAUAGAACUAUACUGCAAUUGAGAAUCUAAUCACGCUUAGAUGGCGUUUUUGGCUGCCCGAGCCAAUUUGCCUCAACACAUGUAAGGUCCUUGGACCAUAAGGAGUAAAGUUAGGCUCAUUCAGUCCAUUUUUGGGAUAACCUUCUGUCAAUAAUGCCACUUCUUGUCCAGGUGACUGGCUCUAUGAGCAGGGUUUGGGAGUCUACUUCAUGGGUGAUCCCAUCAACGUGGAGGUGUCUGUCAGGCUCGCGCACCACAGCAGGCUCAGGGUCUUUGUUAGCAGCUGCGUGGCAACACUGGACCCUGACUGGAACUCUGUCCCCAGAUACGUCUUCAUUGAGAAUGAUGGGUGAGGAAAUGUCCUAGUAACCUAAAGUGCCUACCUAGAAUGAGUGUUCUCCAGUUGUCCCUAUAUGAGCAUAUUUUCCCCAAAUGGCGCUUGGAGGGUUAUUUGUUUGGUACCAAGGAAGUUGAACUAAUACCUCAAUAUGCAUUUUAUAUUAUCUCCCAUCCAGGUGCUUGAUGGAUUCCCAGUUGCCUGGCUCCAACUCUAGGUUCAUGCGUAGAACCCAGGACGACAAGCUCCGAUUCCACAUUGAUGCCUUUAGGUUCCACCAAGAGGAUAGGGCAGAGGUGAGGGCAAUUUUUUAAAACCAGUGAUGUUGUAGAGUGCAUUAUGGGUACUGCAGUUGGAACAUGAUGCUACAGUAAAAUAACUUUCAGCAUCACAGUAGCCUACAUAAUGACUUUAUCUUUGUUUUUACAGCUGUACAUCACAUGCCACCUUAUUGCAGUCCCUGUCAUGGACCAUGCAGAGCCUAGCAACAAGGCAUGCUCCUUCAUCGAUGGCAGGUCUGAGAUCUGACUUAGCUACGCUUAGUGGGCUGUGACCUAUCCACUGGCAUACCAUAGUAUUUGUUAAAAUGGUGUACUUGGUACAUUAGUCAAUCUUUCAUCCAUUUCAGGUGGAAGUCUGCCGACGAGAAUGAUUUGCUAUGUGGCCGUUGUCCAAGUCUGACGAGCCAGAAGUGGGUUGCUCCAGCACAACGUCCCCUCGGUGACAGAUUGGGCAGUAGCCGACCUGAACCUCGUGGUUACCGCAGCAAACCCCCAGCCUCUGGUGACCGUUGGCGUGGGAUGAAAGCCAAGAAGGGUAUAUUUGGCAUCCUAAUCCCUGUAUUCUUCUCAAAAUGCAUUGCAGAAUAGGGUCUGAGGGGAGGGACCUUCUGCUCCAAUAUGGCUGAUGGGAUGCAAGGAAUUGAGGAAAGACUAAUUGAAAGUGUCUUGACUGCAAGUGUGUUGGUGAGAAGUUUGCCUUGCAUGUGUUUAAUGACAAUGUAAUUUUAGUGUUGGAACAGGAUGCUUCUUUGGGCCCCAUGAUGGUCUUCCCAACCCAACAAAAGAGUACACCUCUAUCUCCACGCACGAAGGAAGGUGUCCAUAUAAAUGGCUUCCCCUCCGCUACAAGAGACGCGAGGCCUGUAUCACCUGGCAGUCGUUGGAAGAGUGGAAUGGCCUUCAAGAGAGGUUCUUUGACUGUCUUAUGUAGUGCACAACCUUUGACCAGUGUUUUGAAAACCUGACCCUAGGCAACAGUGACUAGGGUCUAGUUAAUUGACUGACACUUUCGGCAACUUCGAUGAGGGACAUUUUCAGACGGAUGACUCAACAAAUCACAAGGCAGACAUGCCAGUCUCGAUUUGAAACCACAUUUAGCAGGCAAUACCUUUGCAGUGGUUUUAGUGACUGUAGUUAAUGCAAACUAGCCACCUGUGAAAUGCACUAAUUAAAAAUAACCUCUGCUCCAUCUUGCUAACUAUUGUUUUUUUAUUCAAGCGGAUAAGGCAGUUACUUCCUCUAUGCCAAACUGAUGUAUUACUUACAGACCAGUUAAGCCAGUAAAUUUGAAUUGUAGAAGGCAACCGUGAUGUCUAGCCUAUUGCCCAGCCCAUGAGGCGCUAGUCAAAAGUAGUGCACUAUAGGGUGCCAUUUUGGAUAAUUGUAUUUUCAUAUCUAUACAGGCUAGCUGUGUUAAUCUGUUACAUUUAAUUCCAGGACCUUAUUUCGGCCAAUCUGAAAAUGCGGGUAGUCCUUUGGGCCUGAAGGUUGGACCCAACAAGCAUGGUUUCGUUAGCUCUGCAACAUAUGAUGGCUUCAUCAGGCAGAAAGAACUGAUUGGCCAAAGAGGUAAUUACAUUCUUUACUGGUUUGCAUGUAUAAUAACUGCAUAUAGGCUCUGUGCUAAAUGGUCUGUUCUCAGAGCUGGAGCCCAUUGGAGCAAAGAUUACCACAGAGAAAGAGGGUCUGAUUGAAGAUCUAGGCGACGAGAAGCAUGACAAGGAUCGGUUUAACAUUGGAACCCAUGGUAAAGGUAUGCAUGGGAUCAUGGUAUUGUUUUUAGAGGGAAGGAACCUGCACAUUACACUAUUUAGCAAGCAGGUUAGCGUUUUUUGGGAUGACUCCGCUCUGCAGAGUGGUCACUAGCUGUCACAGCCCAAAUCAUGAAAUAUGCUCUUAAACCUAAUGCCUAACCUUUAAAUUAAGACCAAAAAGCUGCUUUUGGUUCAUUUAAGUUUUACUAUGUAGUCAAUUUUGACUUUGCAGCUGGCACAUCUAGUGGAAAUCGCUCAGUUUUCCCUCCAGGACAAGACUCGUCCCAAUAAAUGUCAACCUGCAAGUGUCACUAUCACAUAUCAGAGCUUUUGUGGUUUCACAAAGCAGUUAUGAAAUGUUCCCAGUCCACUAACACUUUUCUGUUUACAGAACUGGAAGGUGUUGCUGUGGUGGCCACUUAGUCUAGCUCCAAGCAGCAGCUCACCAACUCACGGAGGGUGGUGAUUCAAGUCCUGAAGUCCUACACAAGGUUGACCCGAGAACUACCAAAUGACCUCCGCACCAUCUGCUCCUGAUGAGGUGCACAACCUGUGAAGAGGCCACCAAACACUAAGGAGACCUGCUCAAUCAGAUAUCUCAAAAGAACAAGGUCAACCAAAGAGGACUGUUAACCUUGUGAAAUAAAUUAUUUAAAGCUUCUUUGACAACGAGUUUCAGUUUUUACCGUUAUGCACUAUAUGCUAGAGUAAUCUAAAAUAUUGCCUUAAUUUGUUAAUGUGAAUGCCUGCUUUAGGAUCAUCUCCUUUGGUGUGGGGGUUAUGUACAGGUAAAAUAUGUUGAGUGCAGAUUCAAUGCUAGCCCAACUCUUCAGAUCCAUGAUCUGAAUAUCCAGUCCUGGCUUAAUGUGACUCUGGUUCACAAGUCCCAAGGUUCCUGAUCAAGUUACAGGGAAUUCCUAGGAAAAUUGGGCUUGCAAUGUGAAGAACUCUGGUUAUGCCAGCGCUAUAUAUAGGGUCUGACGAACCAGAAAUUGGCACUGGUAUUUUUAACACUGGCCCUUUAAUUUUUUCCUCUACUCAUUAACCAGAAUGGUUUUGUGCACAAAACAAGUUAGACAGGCUCACUGGGCUAAAAAUGGACCAGCCCAUCUGGCAUUUGCCUGACAUGCCAGGCUGCCCCUGGACAGCUUUACUUUGCUGAUACAGAUGCUGAAAAUGCAUCCAGGAGGUUAGCCAACUGUACAAUUUGCAUGGAAGUGUUAGAGGAUAAUGUCCUGAUAUAAGGUAAUGACAUUUCUCCCAACUAGUGCCUUAAAGUAUCUAACAUUCUAAGCAGGCACGGUCAUUUCAGAGGUAUAAGUGGACUGUGUCCUACUGUCCCGUUGCUCUCUGCUACAGAAUGUUAAAGGAGCAGUUGCUAUAUCCAUUUUUAAACAAAUAACUUAAAUUCCUCAGCUAAUUUCAACUGUCGCACCCAAUCAAACCUCAUGAGCUUAUUUCACUCAUUUGUAAAUGCAAAACACUGUAUAGCCUCAACAAUAUUGAGAUCAUGGAUGGUCAGUCCCUGUAUCAAUAGCUCUGAGUGGUUACAUUUCUCCAGUCCCAUCACUCAGAUGUUUACCAAAUCAGUGGCGGGGUAAUGCUUAUUGUUCGAACUGCAGAUUGCCCAUUUAAGGUCUGCCAGGCUGGGCUCUGACAGUCACCUCUCGAUGCUGGGCCUGCCCUUGACCCAGCUGAACAAAGACACUAAUUUGGGUGAUUAUUUGGACAGGCAGAACGCCUCCCUCACACCCUGCCCCUCAUACUGAGAUCCCUACCUCCUGCCCAGUCAACACACACAGAGUAAAGUCACCUUGUCUCUAGUCUUAUCGGUUUGACUGAGCGUUCCAACUCCUCCCCUCAUUACCAGGACGCUCCUAAUAUGGUUGUACCCUUUCCUUUAGCUUCCUAAUGACACUCAGCCACUGGUACAAUUACUCCAAGGUUUCUCGUAGAGGGGACAACGAUAGCCUGUUUAAAAGUCACACUGUGGCACUUGGAUUUUAUAUCCAGUAAAUGGGAGUUUAUUAUUGGGAUAUGUUUAUAUUGGAUAAAACUAGACUGAGGAUCCUAUGGCUCAGUUGAUUUGAGCAUGGUACUUCAAAACCAGAGUUGUUUGAUUCCCCCAUAGCCUACAUACACAGAAUAUACAGUAUGUAUAAACUGUGCAUCCCCAUACUCUGCUAAAAGCUUCCGCUAAAUGACCACAUUCAAUUAUUAUACUGUAGUAUAUAGCUGAUCUCCAUUGUACCGCUGUAUCAUUAUAGCGAGCUACUCCACAUGGCCACUUGCUUGGUUUUCAUUCCCAACAUAUUGUAGCAAAUUUGGGGGGGUCCAGCGACUGUCCAUCCAACACCUUUACCGUUACGCCAAGCGGUCCAAACCUGUUGAGGUUGCUAGGUGUUGGGUUGAGGUCCGUACAAUAUGCUGAAUACUGUACAGUCUUAACUAUGGAUCUCUGGUUAAACGCAUCUGUUAAACAUUCACAUCAUAAUCAAAGUAUAAUAUAGUUGCUGCUGUAUCAUUAUAGCAUUAUAAAUAGCUACUUGUUACAUAAUACCCAAUGGCCUACAGAACAGAAUGAUGGCAUUUACAGCAUUCUAAAGGUCAACCUCCUCCACAUCACUGUAAUCAGCACAUCAUCACACAAUUAGACUCUCUUCGUCUGCAUCCCAAAUGGCACCCUAUUCCCUAUUUAGUGUGCUGCUUUUGACCAGCUCCAUAUGGCUUUUGGGAUGUAGCUUUAGUCUUCCUUCUGAAGAGUGAGAGCAAGAUGAACCCAUUUUAUCAUCUGAAUAGUUCUCUUAUUUUCCGCUAAAUGGCUUUGCAAUGGUUCAAUUGCCAUCCUCUCUUUCAAUGGUAAAUAGAUGUCCUUUGGGAGAGGAGCGUUUGUGAUAAUGAGAACUGAAUACCACACUUGCAGGUUUAUCAAAUGUCUGUAUGAAGAUGAGAGGAUGGAGAAUGAUAGAUUAAAGAUGCCCCAAGGAAGAGAAAAAGGAUACAGAUUUAAAGAUAAUUUCAGCCCAGAGUGCAAUGGACAAAGACAAUUAAUUCCAGAUGAUCACCAUCAUUUCACGUGCGAGAGUGCUGUGUCGGCCUCCCGAGUGGCGCAGUGGUCUAAGGCACUGCAUCACAGUGUUUGAUGCGACACUACAGACCCGGGUUCGAUCCCAGGCUGUGUCACAACCGGCCGUGACCGGGAGUCCCAUUGGGCGGCGCACAAUUUGGCCCAUCGUCGUCCGGGCAGGGGAGGGUUUGGCCGGGGGAGAUUUACUUGUCUUAUCGCGCUCUAGUGACUCCAUGUGGCGGGCUGUGUGCCUGCAGGCUGACUUCGGUUGUCAGUUGAACGGUGUUUCCUCCGACACAUUGGUACAGCUGGCUUCCGGGUUAAGCCUGCCGGUGUUAAGGAGCGCGGUUUGGUGGGUCAUGUUUCGGAGGAUGCAUGACUCGACCUUUCGUGAGACAAGAUCGUAAUUGGAUAUCACGAAAAACGGGGUAAAACAAUAAUAAUUAAAGAAUGCAGUAUCAUGGUGAUGUGAGCACAAGUAAUGGCUGACACGUUUUGAAGAGGAAGGAAUUUUAUCUAAACCCUAAAACCCUAAAAUGCCUAGGAGGUCAGAGCGUACAUUUUAAAUAUCCUAAAACAACAACAAUACAUUGUGUCUUAUAAUAAUAAUAAUAAUAGCCUUAUCACACCAAAAUUCCCUUUCUUGUUAUUGAACAUUAGGUCUGGCGUAGUCUUACAGUAUCCCACUGCUGUACUACAGUCAAACUGAGUCUGCAAAUGACAUAUGACAGGAACUAUUUUGGGGGCCAUUUUCUCACACAACUGCUGUGAAUGUUGUGAAUUAGAUUAAGCUGAGGAAUAUUGAAUGGCUGCCGAGCACUUCUUCCUCUGUCUGCCAACUCUGCAGCUUUCAUUGAUAAUGCAAUUUCAUUUGUCAUCACUGCUGCUGUUGCUUAGCGGAGGAAAGCCAUGCUGAUUUGACAUAUUUAAUUCAACUGCUCUGACUAGCUAAGUGGAUGUGGAUGCUGUGUUUGUGUGUGUGUGUGUUUGUGCGUGUGUGUGCAUCUGUACAACCACCCUAGCAUGUUUGCGUUUGUGAGUGCUUGCACGCUCGCACGUGUGAGUGUACCCCCAACGUAAACCUACCUCUUUCAGACAGCCCAUGAAGUUGUUGCUGACGGGAGAACCAGGCAGAUCAGCCGUACUAGGACUCCCACCCACGUAGAAGAAGUCAUCAGACCCCAGCAUGGUGUAGUCUUCCUGGGUAUACCCUGUCGUGGUGAGGAUCCCAUCCACGGAGAUAGUCACCUGUUAUAGGGGUAACGCAUACCAAAGCCAAACCAUUACACUCUGAGGUAAAACACUCUAUUCAAUAGGAUACAUACACCUCUCUUCUUGGUCUGCUAUGACUUGGUGUCUAGAUAUCUGUUGUUUCUUACAUUCAGUUAGGAAUUCACUUGAGAUCAUCUGGGCUAGUAGCGUUGGUGCCUUGGAGCGAUAGUUUGGAUUAGACUGCGUUUUGGGAUCUUUUAAUUGCUUUAGUCAUAGGUAGGGUUCACAGGACAGGUAAAGAAAAUAUGUCAGAGCAGAGGCAUAUUUUCUUUAUCUUUGAUGGGGGUAAGAGAAUGGAUUCUCGUUCGGUUUGGAUAGUUCAGGUUGGGGGAGGGUUAGUAAAAUGGACAAAUUGCCAAGGACAAAUUGCUUGUACUUGUCUUAGGUUUCAGGGUUCAAUUUGUAACUACAAACAGUCACUAACACACACACACACACACACACACAAACACUCUCUCUCUCUCUCGCUCUCUCUCUGUCACGCACGCUCGCUCUUAUACACACACAUGCAUUAUAUAGGGAGGAUUAUCACACAACUUCACAAAUGUGCAAACCAAGGUUUUUAAUUUUUCAGAAGUUAAUAAAAACACAAGUAAGUUUGACAUGUAAGGGGUAUAAAUGAUUUGACGAUGUCAUACAAAGCAUGAUCAAGCCAAUCGGGAUACAGGGCUCAUGCACCAAUCAAGUCAAGGGGAUUGGGAGGGGGAGGGACUAAUGUUAGCCACAACACACAGACACCACUGUCACCAGCAUGUUACAAACACAACACACAGGGACGGGAUGGGGGGAUAGGACAGUGAUAGUGAGUGAUAGGGGGAAGGUGAGUGAACGUGUUAAAGUGUUAGUGGUUAUGGGUGAGGGGGUAAAGAGAGGGUAAAGGUCAUAUGAUGCCACAGGUCAGGAGGUGAAAGGGCGUUUAUGAGCGGUGGUGGGCAUGCCAUGUGCCAGACUGAGUGUGUUGGAAACAACUGUCAGAGCUCCAGCAAAGAAACGGUCGCCAUUUUGUCUUUUGGAUGCCAUUUUGUCUCUGUUUGGUGUUUUACAGUCUGGACUGCAGUUUGGCUGCUGCUAGUUGAAGAAUAAGUCACUCUUCUUGUUUGGUUUGUGGCAGAGCUUCUGUCAGUUCUUGGCGACAGUACUCACCAAAAAUGUGGAGGUUUUUAUUUGGUGGAAAAACAUUUUUUUAUGUAUCCCUGACAAAAUAUCAAAAGUCAGAUCUGGUGGUUCUUUUGAGACUCGUAGAACUUCUGCGAACUUUGUAGCGAUGAGAAAAAAAAAAAGAAAAAAAAAGCCGGAGUGAAAAAAUAGGAGAGGGAGUGGGUGUGGGAGGAGGGAAGUUGGGAGGCCAAGGAUGGGGAGGAUAUUGAGAAGUGAAGAAAGCUGUUGGUAAUACAAACCCAUUUCCUCAUUUUUUGAUAAGAAGUGUCUAGGAUGAAACUCAAAGUAUACAAAGAAAAAGAAGAGGGGGGGGGGGGGGGGGGGGGGGGGGGGGGGGGACACACGGCAAAUCCAAAAAAAGACAAUUAGAAUGAUAUCUACCAGACAAUGUAGUUUGUUUACCAUAGCGUGUCCCAUGCCUGAUUGCUUUCCGGAAAAGGGGGAAGAAAGGAAAUCAAAAGAAUAGUGAACAAAACGGUUGUUAAUAAGGGAUGGGAAAACAAAAUAAAAACCAAUGAUGUAGGAUGAUAGUUAGUACAUUAGUUAGUUGUUAGUUAGAUAACGGUUAGUUAGUAAGUAAAUAAAAUGACUUAGUAUUUCAUGAAUGGUAAGUGUUAGUCUAACAAAGUGUGUCUUCCCAAAGAGAGGGAGAAUGACGGAAAGGGAAAGAAAGAGAGAGACAGAGAGGAAGUAGAGAGAGAUAGAGAGGAGGAAAAGAGGACCCUAGCUCAGCCUCUGGUCUCAGUGUUCCUUCAGCUGUAGGUAGCUAGUGGGCUACCUGUUAGUGGCAGGAAAUUAACACUUUACUUACUUGUCCACCUCUCUUCACCUCCAUUCAAGGCUCCAUUCUAUUGGCUGAGGAAACUCCCUGCCCACUCCCUCUCCACACCACAAACAGUUCUCAGCUACUGUUUCUCUCAUAGCGCUUUCACUCUUACAGUACAAGUAUACACUGAGUGGACAAAACAUUAAGAACACCUUCCUAAUAUUGAGUUGCACCCCCUUUUGCCCUCAGAACAGCCUCAAUUCGUCAGGGCAUGGACUCUAGCAUUCCACAGGUCUCUUCUCCUUCAUCUACACUAUUUGAAGUGGAUUUAACAAGUGACAUCAAUAAGGGAUCAUAGCUUUCACCUGGUAAGUCUAUGUCAUGGAAAGAGCAGGUGUACCUAAUGCUUUGUACACUCAGUGUAUAUUCCUCAAGUAUUAUUAUAUAUUUUUUAAAUACUAAUUUUUUAAGUUGAGUUGUAAUUACUUCUUGUCUACCUCUCUGCACCUCCAUUCAAGGCUCCAUUCAACUGGCUGGAGACCCAAAUCCCACUCCCUCUCUACAUUCACAAACAGCUACCAGUUCGCUCAUUGUUUCUGCUCUAGUGUGUACAGUUACCAGUACAUAUCCAGUGUACAGUACAAUACAUGCCCUGCCUCUUAAAGUUUAGUUAAGUAGUAAUACUGUUAUUAUAGUGCAUUAUAAACUGGGUGGGUCGAGCCCUGAAUGCUGAUUGUCUGACAGCCGUGGUAUUCCACGGGUGUGACAAAACAUUUAUUUUUACUGCUCUAAUUACGUUGGUAACCAGUUUAUAAUAGCAAAAAGGUACCUCGGGGGUUUGUGAUAUAUGUCCAAAAUACCACGGCUAAGGGCUGUGUCCAUGCACUCUGCGUUGCGUUGUACCUAAGAACAGCCCUUAGCCGUGAUAUAUUGGCCAUAUACCACACCUCCUCUGGCCUUAUUGCUUAAGUAUCCGAUACCAGUAUUAGUGUAUACCAUCCUUAUGAACAGAAGUAUUGUAAACAAUCUAAGUUGAGGAGCAACAUAAAGGACAAAGUGACAAUUGAGAUCCUAUCAGUGGCCAUUUGAACAUAUAUUUAUACUAUUUGAAGAAGAUGCUCCACUGAUCUGAAACUUAUUUCCAAUUUGUCAUCUGUAGGCUACUGUCAGUCACACAAAGUCCCUGCAAUUGUUCAGAGUAGGAUGUCUUAAACUCUGCCUUGUAGUUUCUGUAUAUUUACAGAGGAGAAGAUAAUCCUACAGUGGUUUGUAAAGGAAAGAUAGUUUCUGAAGGCAACGUGACCCAGCCUCUGAUAGAAGGGUCCGCUUAGUGGAGAAUAAAAGCAGAGAAGUAUCAGAUAAGUUUCAAUGAAGGAAAUAGGGAAGUCUUCAAGUUCAACAGGAAGAUAAGGAAGUGACAGAAACACAGAGCCACCGUGUCAGCUCCACCACUAAGCUAUCAAUCACUAUGUCAUCUGGGCUUCUUUUAUUCACAUAGUCACUGGCUGCUAGGAAGUCAAAUAGAGGGGAAACACUAUUUAACUGUACUGAUGAUAACUCAAUACUACAUUAAGUCAUAAUGCCUCUCUCAUAAUAUGUAUCAACACAACAUUGUCGACAACUAUCUAAAUUGCUUAUUAGGGCACUUGGAAAAGGUGCUGUAGAAAUAAACCAACCCAUUAUAAUACAUAAAUUCAAAGAGAGGGAAAACAUUAAUCUUACAACAUCUAACCUAAACGAUUACUCAAUAUUAUAAUUCAUAAUAGAAGUGUGAUUACCGAUGCAACAUCCGUAACGACUAUCAACUAUGUUCAGCACAUAGAAUACUUGGAAAAGCAUUAAUGGACAAAUAAAGCCAAGACAUUACUAUCAAUCAAUUGAUCUAUUGCUACUAAUCAAUAUCAGUCUUGAACCUACGUCACCUCAGUCUCCAUGGUUACCUGUCUGAGGUUGCGUGUGACCUUGAUGUCGUGCCAGCCGUUGUCGUUGAACUUCCCGUUGACGGGCUCCACGAUGGCCUCGAAGGCCCCCGAGCCCAGGUUGAUGACCAGGCUCACCGCCCCGUCCUUUAGGGCCAGGUUGACG